AUGACCGAUUUUAUUGGAUACACUUAUGCCUUUACUAUUGCUUUAGGUGGUUUAUUUGGCUAUUUAAAAGCAGGUAGUAUGAUGUCUCUAGUAGCCGGCUUAUCAUUUGGUGGUUUAGCAGCAUUCGCGGCAAAUCGCGUAAGCACAAAUCCAAAGAAUGCCGGUUUAGCUUUAGGUAAAUUUGAUUCACUUUGA